AUGCGUUUUUCUCCAACGCUGUUUCUCUGCGCGCUGUCUGGUACAGCCGCAGCGCUGCACCAUACUUCCUUCAAGCGGGACUUGAAGUUGUCGGCACAAUUGGGAAUUCAUCCUGAUGAGCUGAUACGGUCCAAGACGUCGAUGCAUGCCAUUGCCGACAUUGAGUCAAACUCCAGCAUUAAGGCAGAAUACGUUUCACUCCCAAUUGACCACGAGAACCCUGCGCUUGGCGAGUAUCUGAACCGAUACUGGGCCAGCGAGGAGUUUUACAAGCCAGGUGGACCGGUCUUCGUUUAUGAUGUUGGCGAGGCGAGUGCCGCAGAAGUUGGUCCCAAAAUGUUGGGCAACUCAUCAUCUUUCCUCGGACAGAUGCUUCAGGAAUUCAACGGCAUCGGAAUUGUUUGGGAGCAUCGCUACUAUGGUGAUUCGCUACCAUACAACGUUAGCAACGAGACUCUGCCGGAACAUUUCCAAUACUUGACCAACAAGCAAGCCCUGGCUGAUAUCCCCGUAUUUGCAGCCAACUUCACCCGCAAGAACUUGGAUGUGGCCUUGACCCCAGAUGCCACGCCCUGGGUGAUGGUCGGCGGCUCGUACGCCGGAAUGCGAUCUGCCUUUACGCGCAAUGAGUACCCGGAAACCAUCUUUGCGGCAUUUGCGUCCUCUGCGCCCGUCGAGGCGCGUCUUGAUAUGAGCGUGUAUUUCGACCAGGUGUAUGACGGCAUGGUCGCCAAUGGAUACUUGAACUGCACCCGUGACAUCAAAGCGGCCCUUGAGUACAUCGACGAACAGUUGUCCAACCCCAUCACUGCGGCCACUAUUAAACAGCAAUUCUUUGGAAAAGGUGCAGAAGUCAACAGUAAUGGAGACUUUACUGCCGCGCUGUCCGGCAUUUAUGGCAUAUUCCAAAGUUAUGGCCUCGACGGGGGCAUCCUCGGGCUCGGGGCGUUCUGCGAGCACAUGGAGACCGACCUGGACACCGGGGCCCCGGCGCCCGCGGGCGGGUUGGCGGAGCUUCGAGGCAACAAGUACGCGGCAGAUCGGUACGCCUCAUGGCCGGUUUUUGUCCAGUACACAAACAUGAACUACAACACCAACUGCAACAGGACAGAGAUCAGUAAGCCUCUGAUGUGCAAUUUGGGUCAGGGACCUGUGGAUCCGGAUAGCAUUAGCUGGACCUGGCAGUACUGCACCGAAUGGGGAUAUUUCCAAAGCAACAACUUCGGCCCUCACUCAUUGCUCUCCCGGUAUCAGACGCUGGAAUAUAUCCAAGAGAGCUGUUAUCACGCUUUCCCCGCCGCGGUGGAACAGGGACUGUUCCCUAAGCAGCCGGCCAUUGACGCGAUUAAUGCAGAGACCGGCGGAUGGAAGAUUCGACCUUCGAAUGUGUAUUGGAGUGGAGGACAGUUUGACCCGUGGCGGACACUUUCACCCCUUGCGUCAGGAUCCUCGGAUCCUCACGUGACGCUCACGACUGAAGUCCCUCAGUGCGGCGUGCAGACCAGCGAGAACACACUGUUUGGGUAUGUGAUGCCCAACGCGGAGCAUUGCUUUGAUUUCCGCCCGGGUGAGCCCGGGGAGACAUCUCGGGCAUACUUCCGGAAGGCUUUGACGGAAUGGCUCAAGUGUUUCGAGGCCGAUGCCAGCUGA